AUGGCUAGCCUAAGAGCUGCCGACUCGUUUUCUAAUGAAGACGCCCUCAACAUGAGCAACCUGGUUGAUUUAAAUGACAGUCUGAAGAAAGCCUUUCAACGUCUGAAUAGUUGGCGAAGUCAGAGUAAUCAACUUGAUCUUUUUGCUCCAGAAGAGUCUGUAUUUGACGAACUGGACACCUCUGCUUCAGAAUCCAUCAUGCGCAGUCUAGCUGGGCCCGAUUAUUCUUUGCAGCAAGACAUACCAACCACGAUGCCGAGUUCAGCAAUACCCUCUUCCGUUGCCGCUGGCAUGAGCAACUCCAUAGUCGCUCAUACAACUCCUCCAUCUGCCACACUGGACUCUGCAAUUGUUGGAAGGUCACCGAUCUCGGCACACCUUGCCCCGCUUGAGGUGAAUCCGCAUUCGAGGAAUUUGAACAGCCCUCAACAAGACUGCUUUUCUGGCCGAAUUUCUGAAAUGACAGCUCCCAGCUACCAAGUUGCCUGCUGCUGCCCACCUGAUAGUCUGCCUCAACCAGGUCUUGCGACUAGAAUCACCUUAGAGGGAAGCUCAAAUAUGACAGUUUCACAACAACAUCUGCUCCAGCAACAGCAACAAACGCAUCUUCAGACUCACAAUCCACAACAAUAUCAUCUACAACAGCACGAUCCUGUAGCUCUCUGCACUAGUGAGAAGACUAGAAUGACCGAUUAUGAAGUAACCGAAGCGUCUGUUCGACCCAGCGGGGUGCCUGUUCCCUGCAGAGUACUGUUGGAGACAACGACGGGCCAAGCGAUGAGCCUAGGAUCGGGGUGGGUGCCAAUGGUACUGCCUAUGAACCCCGGCCUAGCCGAACCUAGAGCGGCAGUAACUGGCUGCACUUCCAAGUCGGUUGUAGAAAAGAGCGCCGAGGAGUCUGUCGGUUUUAUGGAUCAAACUCUACAGCAAGUUCACUAUAUGGUGGCCAGCCCUGGCCAGGGCAUAGCCCAGGCCAGCAGACUAGGCAGUUUUGGUAGACCAGUUCACCCUGGCCCAACUAUAGCCGGCUCCCCUCUUCACCCAACUUCGUCAUCCUCCUCUUCCUCUAUCUCUCCCUCCUCUUCGUCUUUGUCCUCUUCGUCGCCGUCGUCCUCCGCCUCUUCAAUGGCCGCGAUUUCUUCCAGCUCCACUUCUGAAUGGUCGCCUCCCCUUCCGACUUCACCACUUACCAGUGGCCAAUUACAACAUGCUUCAUCACUUUUGCGACCCACUCAAUCCCAUGCUUGUCACCCCUGCCCCUCUAUCUCUUCUUCUCCCUCCAGCACGAUUACCAUCUCCUCGUCAACCUGCUCAUCCUACGAGUUGGUCUAUCAGAACUCGAAUUCUUGCCUCCUGGUACCGCAGACCCUCACCUCUAAUCAUAAUACCAGUGUGUCUCGUGGUAUCCCACUUUCGACUUCCUCCUACUCCUCUUCUCCACCGAUCACCACUAAUCUCCAGCCUGCCAGGCCAAUAUCGAUAUCAGCCGUCGAGUUUGCCGAACCCAACGACCACGGUGAUCAAUUGCUAUCAGCAUCCUACUUCCAGCCAAUACUGACCACCCCAGACCGUAUUUCGUCCUCUGUCAGUCUACCUCAGUCUGCUGGCCAGACAGGGAUAGAAACACUAGUGACGAAACGAAGUAUAGACAGCAGUGAAGCUAUUCUAAAUAUGCCCAUCGAGACUACAUAUUCGGCUGGCGCCACGAUGACUUCAAAUCUUGUAAAUGUGCCUACUUUAGUUAACGGCCUUAUCGCAGUUAGUUGCAAUAGUAGAGUGAAUCAUCAGCAAGCCUAUCACUCGGAGUUUAGUCACGGCUGUUCCAACAUGUCUACGGUGGCAUCAACUCCGUUGCCUUCUCUGACUUCGCGUCUUUCAGCCUCUCUUCCUCCUCUAGUGGUAUCAAACCGUUCACAGGCGAGUGCAUUCUCAGACUCUUCUGCUCGGAUGGGCAAUACCAGUUAUGCCUGCUUAGGGACAGUCUCCAGAACGGCUAACGAAGUCUUGGCUCAAACGCGACAGCCUGCCCCAGACCUGGCGUACUGCCACAUGGUACGAGGAGCAGACGAAUGUCUUGAUAAAGACAUUGAGGAGGAUGACGAUGAAGAAUACGGCGGGAACGGAACAAAAUUACCCAGGAUGAAUGGAAUAGAUGACUACGAAGAUGAUGAAGAUGAGUUCAAUUGGGACUCGAUCGUCUGA